AAUGAAAAAGCAGCAGAACUAUCCUGCGCCACUCUGCUGCUUAGUGAUGUGAUGAUCUCACUGCAGUGUUGUCUUCAGCUGAAAAGAUGUGAAAAGUCUUUAAACAAACUGGUGCCCUGCGUUUGAGAGGUAUGAGGCAACAGCAUAUCAAUGAUGCUCCUUCUACAGGAUCUUUUCCUAACUGGAGAUCUAUACUGUCACCAACACGGCCUUCCACAGAAACUAAGCCUCCCUCAGUAGCUGAUAUUUCUCUGGGACAGACUUUGGAGAACGCAGACUUGCUUCAGAUGAUAAAAACAACACUGACGGGCGCACGUACCCGGACUUUGGAUCAGAUGCACCUGUCACCCUCCCUCUAUCAAGGCAGCGGGAACAGUGCACCCCAGGAACCCGCCGAGGUUUCAGCCGAGUCGCCUCUGAGGCCGUCGUCUCAAGAUGCAGACGACACAGCUGCUCUAACAGUGUUAUCUGGAGUAUCUUCUGGUGCAGUACCUACAGUAGAAACUUCAGAAGCAAAACCACUAACAAGAAAACCAUCUCCAGCUUCACCAGUGCCAGCUUCUUCCUUCUUUUCUCUAGGCACUGAAAACACACCUUUGCCAUCUGUGAUGGCUUUAAGCACACCGAUACCGACACUAACAAACAAUAACACUGCCACAAAACUGACAUCGGAUCUAAGCCCAGUAGGAACACAGGCAGAUUUUCCUUUCGCAAUGAGAAACGCGACUGCCUCACCUCUGGACAUGCCAGCUCUGCUCAUAACCCCCAAGAGCAGCACGGUCACAGCGUCCACACUCGCACCCCCAGCCCAUGUACCAAGGCAGAUAGAAACAAGAGUAACUGACACCCAGAAGCUCCCGAGCUCAGACAUCACCAAAACGCCAACCCCAUACCCACUGACAAUGACAGCAGCUUUGACAUCUAUUACAGCAUCAGCGAAAACAACUAGGCUUCCCCCUUCUGCAGUGGAACUCACCCCUGCUCCUCCCGACACCACGGCAGCAGCCGCUUUCGCUAACAUGACGGCAGCUCCCUCCCUGGAUUGCCGGCUCUCUGCCAACAUGAUGGUGAAAACAGUUCUGUUUCUGAGCACAAGAAGGAUGAUGAUCAGCAAUGCCUUCAGGGAGAGCGUGAGAAAAGGCCUCAACCAAGUGCUGAGACAAGCUUUCAACCAGAAUGUCAGCGCUCAGGUGGAAAUCCUGGAGCAAUCGAGUAACCUCACGGUGGGUUACUACGUCACGCGGGGCAGGCUGGUCUUCACCCCGGCUGCUGCCGCCGAGAAGCUGCUGGCCUACGGCAUCGGCAACGCCACGGCGGACAUGAAGCAGCACGUGCCACACCUGCAGGCCGUGGUGGCCCUGGCCCUGCCCUGGCAGCCCCUGCCCGCCUACCACUUCCAGCUGAAGACGGAGUUGCAGUUCGUGGGUCAAACAGACAAUAUUCAGUCAUGCAAAUUUGUUCAGACCAUGGAACAGCGGCUCCAGAGAGCAUUUCAGGAUGCUGAAAGAAAGGUCCUAAACACCAGCAACAACUUAACUGUUCAGAUUUUGAACACCUCCAAUAUCUCCCAAGCUGUCACUCUGUUUUACGUAGUGAAAAAUCAAAGCACAACUCUAAAUGGCACUAUUUCCAGCAACCUUCUUAAUCAGCUGUCAGCUGAGCUGGUGGGUUUCUACCUCACCUACCCACCUCUCACCAUUGCCGAAUCUUUGGAGUAUCCAAACCUUGAUGUCUCGGAAUCAACUAGAGACUACUGGGUGAUAACAGUCAUCCAAGGGGUUGAUAUUGCUUUGCUGGGGCUGAACAACCAGAGCUUUGCCAGACUGAUGGAGCAGCGCUUGGCCCCGCUGUUCAUGAUGUCCCACCAGCAGGGAAGGCGAUUCCGGCGUGCCACUACCGUGGGCAGCUACACCGUGCAGAUGGUAAAAAUUCAACGUAUUCCAGGACCCAAGGAGCCAGCUGAACUGACAUAUUACACUUUAUACAAUGGGAAGCCUUUGCUGGGCACUGCAGCUGCCAAAAUUUUGAGUACGGUUGACUCCCAGAGGAUGGCCUUGACACUGGGCUAUGUCAUCCAAGUUCAAGCUGAUCCUGUGGUGAAGAACCCCCCAAACAACCUGUGGAUCAUCGCAGCCGUGCUGGCUCCCAUCGCUGUGGUCACCGUCAUCAUCAUCAUCAUCACCGCAGUGCUGUGCAGGAAGAACAAGAACGACUUCAAACCAGACACCAUGAUGAACCUGCCUCAGAGAGCCAAGCCAGUACAAGGCUUUGACUAUGCCAAGCAACACUUGGGUCAGCAGGGAGCAGAGGAUGAGGUUUUGCCUGUGACUCAGGAGACUGUCAUCCUUCCACUGCCAGUCAGAGAUGCUCCUGCCUCCCAGGAGAGAGAAACUACCCAGGAUGGGAGCACCAUCAAAACUGCCCAAUCCAACGAAACAAGGAAAAGCCGGUCCCCGAGUCAGAACGGCUCCAUCCUCAGCAAUGGGUCGGGAAAGCCCAGCUCCGGCCGGAGCUCCCUGCAGAAAGUGAUGGCACCGCAGAAAGCGGCGAAAGACGAAGGGAGGAAGAGGAACGUGGCCGUGAGUGAUGAAGAGGAAGGAGGGAUUCUCUUUGAUAACAUCGCCAAGUCUGCUGUCGACCCCUUCGACACCUCCUCGGGCUCGGUGCAGCUCAUCGCCAUCAAACCCGUGGCCCUCCCUGCUGUCCAUGCUGCUUCAGAGAGGAGCCAGGAGUCUGCCAUCAUCAAUGGGGAGGUGAACAAGGCUUUGAAGCAGAAGUCUGAUAUAGAGCACUACCGCAACAAGCUGCGCCUGAAAGCCAAGAGGAAAGGGUACUACGAUUUCCCACAGGCUGAUAAUAGCAAGGCACUGACAGACAGAAAAAGGAUGUAUGAGAAAAACCAGAAAGAACUUGACCACAUUUUGGAUCCAGAUGCAGAUGUCUCAUCUCCAUUUGCUGAGCCCAAGAACAGGCAGCCACUGAAGAACUCAGUGUACAGAAGCAGGCAGUCCCUGAACAGUCCCAGCCCAGGGGAAACUGAGAUGGAUCUUCUGGUGACUCGAGAAAGGCCCAGACGUGGCAUCCGGAACAGUGGAUAUGAUACUGAGCCUGAAAUUAUAGAAGAAACCAACGUUGACCGUGUCAACGAGCCGCGGAACUACGGCAGGGCCCGCCAGGCCAAGGGCCACUCGGAGACGUCGACGCUGAGCUCGCAGCCGUCCAUCGACGAGGUGCGGCAGCAGAUGCACAUGCUGCUGGAGGAGGCCUUCAGCCUGGCCUCUGCUGGCCACGGGGGCCAGUCCCGGCAGGACGCCUACGGCUCGGCCCCACACCUGCCCUACUCCGAGGUGGUGACCAGUGCCCCGGGCACCAUGACCCGGCCGCGGGCGGGCGUGCAGUGGGUGCCCACCUACAGGCCAGAAGUGUACCAGUACAGCUUGCCGAGGCCCGCUUAUAGAUUUUCUCAGCUUCCUGAGAUGGUAAUGGGUUCUCCUCCCCCUCCUGUCCCUCCCAGAACGGGUCCUGUGGCUGUUGCCUCUCUCAGGAGGUCUACUUCAGAUAUUGGCAGCAAAGUGAGAAUACCUGAGUCCAGUGGAGCAGAUCAGGCCCAGCAUCACGAUCAGACACCUUUUGCACCGGGUUCGAGAGCUCCCAUGUCUGUUGGUCCACUCGAUCAAUCGGCUUUUCACUCAGGAAACACGGUACCAGCAGUGUUUGCCAUUCCAGCCAACCGACCUGGCUUCACGGGCUAUUUCAUCCCAACUCCUCCCACUGCCUACAGGAACCAAGCCUGGAUGCCCUAUGCUGGAGAGAAUGAGUUGCCAGGGCAGUGGGCAGACUCUGUCCCACUUCCUGGCUACAUCGAGGCUUACCCGAGGUCCCGCUACCAGCACAGCUCCCCAUCGCGCCUGCCCCGGCAGUACAGCCAGCAGGGCAGCCUGCACCCCAGCCUGGAGCAGGCUCCGCUGGCCUCCGCCGCCGCCUCCCAGCAGAGCCUCACCGACAACGACCCCUCGGACGCGCCGCUCACCAACAUCUCCACGGCUGCCCUCGUCAAGGCAAUAAGAGAAGAAGUGGCCAAGCUGGCCAAGAAGCAAACGGACAUGUUUGAGUUCCAGGUCUAAUAAAUCUUCUGUGCGCAGUGUUUGUGUCUUGCGGCCCGGGGUAGCCAAGGAAGCAACUCCUUUAAUUUUCAGCUACAAACUUUCUGUGAAUUGUGCCAAAGCGAUGGCAUUUUAAUCUGUCUGAAAAGUCAACGCUAUGAAAUGACUUAAAGCAGAGCGACGGGACUCCGAAGACAUGAAAUUCCGCUUUCCAGCUAAGGAAAAGCUGCCAGGAAACUUUCAUACUGAUGAAAUCAACCAUAUGCAAUUGUCCGUCACUUUGCUCUUGUAUUAUGACCCAUCAUCGCUAAAGAUGCUGCUGAACGUGUCAGCGCCACAAGAAGUUUGAUUUGCAGGCCCAGAGGUGGAGCUGCUGAAAAUAACUUCUGCAUGCCAAAGCUUUGAUUCAAGAAGAAAAAACCUGCAGAACAGGGUUUGCCUGAAGGCCACGGUUGGCGUGGCAGUGGCCAUGUUAAUUGUCUGCUGUGGGACAUUGUAUAAGUGGUGCUGGUUUCAGCAAUGCAGAGUCGUUUCAGCCUUUUCAUCCCGGAGACUGUAUUCAAACCAAAAGAAAUCAACAUGAUUAAGUAAUAGAUAAAAAUCCUGUAAAUAGCUCAGAGUCUCUUCAUCCUAUUAAGCAGUACAAAAAUAAGAGAGGACUGCGAAGAAGGUGAAUGACUUUUCGAUAUUUGGUGGCUGCCUUGUCCCUCAGUGCCACUGGUGAGUUGUGGAGGAGUUUAUGUUUCAGCGUGAGAGAAUACAGUGCAUGAAGAGGCAGCAAAGGAUAUUGGUGCUAAAAGCUUCCAAGAGAAACGAAGAAAGGUUAUUCGUGUUUGCUCCAUAAUCGGGCUUUUCACUCUGAAUGCAUGUGAAGCUGGUAAACCUGAGACCUUUAAAUCCUUCCAACCUGGAAAAAUGAAUACACUUCCUUGGACAAGGAAACCUCUGUUCAACACAGUGCUUUUUUUUCCUCUUUCUUUAACAACGCUAUCUACUAAAGUGAUGCCAGAAAGUGCUACCUGAAGCUGCAGUUGAUUUUGAUUACGCUGGCACGGUGAAUGCGCACCCAGGAAGUUCUGAAUGUAGAGGACCUAAUUACUAUAUUAACAUGUAAAUAAGUUAACAGUUACACGGAUUAACAAAAAUACUAAUGUUCUGUGAAAAAGAGAGCAUUGCCAGAAAUGAUGUUGACUUUAUACUGUGCAAGAUAAAGGUCACUGAUUGUUACACUGCGUUGUGGUAGGAAUCCAAUUCCAAAAGGAAGUUUGGAUGGGACAGUAGUUAAUAUUUUGCAAAUAGUUGUACAAACUAGUUGGAGAUCAUGAACAAUUGUUUUCGGUUCCUUCAGCAAUUAGCUCCAGGAACUGAAGUUGUUGCAAAAUUUGUUGUGUUGGGUGUGUUUGAUGUCAGCUGGAGUUAAAGGUAAUGUCCUUCAUUUCAGUAGUUAUUUAUUUAUCCUCAAGUACUAUUUUGUCUGAUCAUUUAAUUUCCCUGAGUUUCUUUGGUCUUAACUGAUGUGGGAAAGGGAACUUGGUUUAGCUUUUUGGCCAUCAGUAAAUUGAGAGGAGAGACAAGACUAGAAUAGGGGAUAGAAGAAGGAAUUGAUGAAGCACAAACUUUUAAACAGAGCUAUUUUUCCCCCCUAAUAAUUAUAUUAUAAACCCUGACUGAGACUGUGAUCAUAAUUAUCCUAGAAUAUACAGAUAUCUUCUGCUCCAAUACCUUGAAUAUUGCAGAAGCAUUUGGAAUGCUAGUUAAUCUUUCAAUAAAUGUGAAAUUUAAUUUUUAUUAUUUAAAAUCAGAUAUAAAUAAAAUGUAUUUUUGUAAUUUCUAUGUAUAUAUUUGCUAUAUAUUUAUAUAAGUGACUAGUCUGCUAUAGUCAGAAAAUUUCCAUAAGCAAAGUGGAAAAAGAAAAAAAAUGAAAGAAAGAAAGAAAAAAACCCUGGUCAUUUUACUGAUCAAUAUAAACCUGCUACUUCUGGAGCACACAAAUAUACAAUUGGGUGACUUGGAUAUUAAACAACCAAAGAAACUCAAAUUUUCACAUAAAUACAAGUCUAGUAAAGGCUGGCUGCUGUCUCAGUUACCUGUCAGCAGAUAAUACUGAUAUUAUCAGUGUAACACAACACAGCCAAAUUGGGUCAAAUUAAUAGCUGACUAAGAGCAUCACACUUUAGAAUGACAACUGAAAAAUACUGGGCUAAACUCAGUGUGCCACAGAAAGACUGGUUCUGGUUGGCUUCAGUGGAAAUUUCACUCACCGAGAGCAAGGAUGAGUUUCUCUAUUGGGCUUUGCCUAUAAAAGCAAAUUUCACUAGGCCCCUUGAACAGAAUUCUCUUUAUUUUUCGGUCACUUGGAUCACUGUAACAUAAAUGGAGACAUAAUGGAAGAGCAGCUGACUUUUAUUUAGCUGGCUUGACCUAACCUGGGAAGUGAAACCCACACCAGGUCGUGUCAGCCACAUUUUGCAUCUGCUGUACUAUCUCAGUUUUUGAGUGAUUCUUCCAUGUAGCCCAGUGAAAUUUUGCAAGUAAAUGGGCCCUUCUAAGCAAUGGGGGAGAAAUGUGCUGUGUAAUAAAUUUCUCUCACUUAGGCUCCAGUUUUGCAGAGUUAUCCUGAGGCUGAAACUAUGGAAGCAGCCAUGGUCCUGUGGAUGGGCACGCUGAAGCCAUAGAGGUGGAAAGGGUAACGUGACAAUGCGUUCCCAAAAAAGUCACAGGAAGCAGGGCAUUCCAGUUUUAAACAGCAUCUUUUGGACACUUAAUUCUGUUUGUAAGCCUGUUCCCAUUCUUAAAUUUUAGCAAUUCAAUAGUUUUACUGAAAAAUGUGUAAUGAGGGUAAAGUCUCAUAUAUCUUACACAAUGAAUCUUGUAGCUUGCCAUACUAGAAACUAAAAAUUUUGGAAAAUACAGACAUGUCCAGGGUUUGGAUGUCCACAGAAAAUGGAAAACCCCCAAACAAAAGCAUUUAAAUAGCCUUCUAGAAAGAAAAAAACAAUUUCAGGAAAGUUAAACAAAGUACUCUUCAUACUUCUGAAGAAGACCUGUUAGAGUUUCAAAAUUAAUUUUGUUUGGUAUUAUUAUGGAUGAUGUGCAGUCUAUUGAAUAUUUCCUGAACCAUCACUCUGGAUCCAUUGUGGUGCACUUUAUUCAGAAAACCAUCUUACAUUCUUCAUUCAUGAUGCCUUUUUAUCCUGUUUGUAAUAUGUUUCUGUAUUUUUUUUUUUUUUUUUAAGUAUAAAGUAAGAUUAUAUCAAGACAGUUAGGACAUUCCUGGGAAAGAAAAAUCAUGCUGUAAUAUUUAUACUGUCUGAGCACAAAGCAAUGAUAAAGUGAAAAUAUAGUGUAUAAAUAAUUUGUAAUAUAAUAAACAUUUUGUAUGGCUACAA